UUAUUAUUUUAUAAUAGAUUCUUAAUCCCUUGUCUGUGAAGUGUUGAUGUUUUCAUUAGAGUUAAAAUAUGUUGCAUGUGUACAGAAAGCCUGAAAUCUCAGUAUGUGGUUCUAUCAAUUUUAAUUAUUUGAAUCAUUAGAACAGCUAAUUUUUUGCUUAAGGGUACACCAAUGUACCAUUGAAUCUGUUUUUUAAGGUUUUUUCCAGUUUAAUGUCUGAAUCCAAAUUCAUAAAGAGUUGGAAAAAUGAGAUGUCUGAGCUAUAGGAUUCACAGGGAUUUUAUAUGAAGCCUAUUUAAUCAGGAUAACACUGUUAUUAAUAUUCAUAAAGUCAGCUGGAACACAAAUGACAGACUAUGGAGCCUAAAUUUUUUUACUUGUGAAUUUAUUAAAAGCAGCUUAAAAAAUUAAUGGAAUUUAAGUAAAGUUGACGAAAAUGAAAAUCUUAUGUUAGCAGAAAAAAUCUAUAUUAGAACUUUGUCUAAGACCAUCUUGCAUUGAUAUCUUUGACAGAUUUCAUUGGUACUUAAAGAAGAAAGAUGCAUGAAUGGUCAUUUAAAAGGAUUUAAACACAUUGGCACAUUAAUUUUUACAUGAAUAAUAAGUAGUUUCCAAAAGCAAUUAACUUACAGUGUACAAGAUUGGAAUAGAAAAAUAGGACUGUGACAUCAAAGGGCAAAGCAAAUGUGCACUACAUUUUAAACUUUAAAUAAUAUGGCUUCUUAAAAUAAUUUUUUUCUUUUCCAUGGUAAGUAAAGUAACACCAAAGGUAUUUGUGUACCGCUUGGGUUUGCUUUGAAAUACACCAAGAUUUGGAAAAAUAAAUAUAUUUAUGCCAGAGUGCUUUCCAAGAUUUGGAAAAAUAAAUGUAUUUAUGCCAGAGUGCUGUUGGUAAAGAACAAUUUUAAGGCUUUCACAUUGAGCAAAUGCUUCCGAAUCAGCUUUCCUACAGUUUCUCUGUGUGGAAAACAGAUACAUACUGACCACAGUGUGUGGUUUUUCUUCCAUGCUGCUCUAUGCAGCAUUUAGAAGCAUUUCUUGUUUCUGUAGAUGGCAAAACAGUUAGGUCUGAGAGUUCUUUCAUUAUUCUACUUAACUAUUAAUUUUAUGUGACUGUUGCAUUUUAUAUUCAACUGAUAGGGACAUCUUCUUUUUUAUUUUCACUUUCUUUCAUGGUGUCCUAGUAGUUUUACACUAGCACAAGGUGGAUGAAUAAAUAGUGAAUAAGGAAAUUAGAUUUCAGAUUACCUCUAGCAUUUGGGUUAUGGUCUCAUUUUGUAUUUUCAGUUUUGUCUCAGUCUGCCAAUACACUUUAUUUUAAUAUCCAGCUUUAAUUUCUUCUCAUUAUGACACAGAUUGAUUAUUAGCAGAUUGUCUUCAAAUGAAAGUAAGGAUUUAUAGUAAUUGUAUUCAAUUUUUCUGAUUAUUCCUUGUGUGAAAACCUUAAUGGCCACUUCUGAUCAUUUUUGAAUUGCUGACUUUUAACACUCACUGAAUAAUGAUGGUUCAAUAGUUUUGGUUCUAAAAAUGGUUUAUGUUCAAGGUACCUUCUGUAAAGGUACAUCUUGAAGGACAAGUAAGUGUUAUGCACAAGUCAGCUACCUAUUGCAGCAUUUGUGUUCAGAGCAACCAAUUUAAGUACUUAGUGUCUGGAAUAUUUUGUUGUUCUGUAUCCUAACUUUUUUUUUUUAAUUAUGAGGAAAUUAAUUGGCACGCCCUAGGAAGCCCUAAAAAUCUUUCCUUUUUACUUUGAUCCAUAGGUGACCUUAAUCUGAUAUCAACCAUUUUUAUUUUCUCUAUUAAAAUUUUAAACCAGAAAAUUCCUAUUAGUUAACAGAACCUUUUUCACCUGUGAAGACAAGGUCUGUAAAAUGGGCCUCUUGACUUCAGUCAUAAAUUUUUCCUGUGCCAAUUGUCUAUUAUUUCCAGGAGAGGGCAGCAUUUUCCUAUAUCAGGUACAGAAAGGCACAUGCCCCGCUUAGACUGUCAAUGUUUCUUGUAAUUACUCCCAGUAUAUUUGUUGCUUGCUUAUGAAUUAACUUGCAUUUAUGGAACUAAAUCAUUCCAAUCAUUUAAUUACACCUGAGGAGCUGAACUAUAAUUGCUUGCUUCCAGCUAGGAUCUGAUAUGGCUUGAGCAGUAUUAAUUUGGUGUUUACUUUUCUGAGUGCUAAAAGCAUUAAAAUGAUUGUGCAAUGGGAUUACAUUUUACUAAUUGCUGGCAUUCAUUAGCUGGGUAAAUGGCGAGGAAGAAUGACUGUAUAUUGUGGAGGGAUAAAAUUAUGGUUUUAAAUAGUAUAUUACUAGACACAUUAAGGCCCUAAGACAUGUUUUAAAAUACUCCAGAGGUUAUUAAAUACCAUAUUUUCUUCAUGUCUUCCUAUAUGAAUAUCUUAUUAAAAUACUGCAAUUAUUAUGAACCUUUUUGUGCAAUAUGUAGGGAAAUGGCUUCAUUGACAGAAACCUAUUUCUUGAUAUUAAUAACCCUCUAUAUUUUCAGCUAAUCCAAAAGUAAAUGAGGAACUUAGGAAAAGAUUGCCAACUUCAAAUCAACACAGUUACACAGAAUUGAAGAAGAAGCGUACAGCUUCAUUUGAGGGAUUCUUUUAAGGGACUCAGUGUUCUGCAAUAUGAGCUCUGAAACCUUCAAGCAAAAGCUGGACUCAGUGCCAGAUCAAACAAGUUCAGAGGAACAAAUGGAGAACUGGUCAAAAGAAACACACAUCUUGGAUCAGAGAAAAGAAGACUUUUGUGCUGAACUUCAGUUUUAUAAGAAUUCUCAAAAACGCACAGAAUUUUUUAUCCAGGCAGAAACCGAAGCACCGAAACUUUCAGAUUUGCGAGUAACCAGUCAAAGAGGAGGAAUCCUACCUGACUGUAAUUCUGGUUCUGAAGGAUCAAGCAGUGUAGAAAGAAAGAAUAGCAGGAUGCUCCCUGAAUUUAUAUUGUCAUGGAAUGAUGCUGAAGAUUUAGGUGGAAGAACAGAAACUGCAUUCCUCUUAAAAGAAUUGGACACUCUGAGGGCCAAAAAUAAAAAGCUUCAAGAUAAGCUGGCUGAAAAGGACAAGGAGCUGAAGACAAUGAAACUGGACUUAGAAUUGCAAGACAGAGCUACAGAAGCUAAGAUUGCAGAAAGGAUUGCAGCUCUGGUGGAAGAAGUUUAUUCUGCUCAACGGGAACAUGAUGAGGCUGUCAUGGCAAGGCUUAGGUUAGCCAAUGAAGAGAGAGAUGAAGCAUUUCUGCAAGUACAGCGUUUAGAAGAGUCUCUCAAAGAGCUAGAAAAUAUUAACCCUGAAGAAAAUGACAUGACAUUACAGGAAUUACUGAACAGAAUAAACAAUGCAGACACAGGGAUAGAUAUACUGAAGAAUGGAGCUAUAAUUCUGAACCGAAUACACAGGACCAAAGAACGUAAAAAGAAAAUAAUAGCUGAGGAAAUGAAUGCAGUAAUAGAGCAACGGGAUGCUGCUUUAUCUCAAUGCAAACGGCUGGAGCAGGAGCUUCAUCAUCUGAAAGAGCAGAACCAGACUUCAGCAAACAACACGAGACAUAUGACUGCUGAAAACAAUCAAGAACGUGCUCUGAAGGCAGAAUUGAUAGCUUUGCAACAAGAAAAGGAAGCUGCUCUUCAACAGUGCAAAAAACUAGAAGAAGAAAUCCAAACAUUGCGUGUUUAUUACAGGUUAUACAAGUCUUUGUCUGAAGGAUUGAGUCUGAAGAACCAGCCUAGCUGUGCUUUCAGUACUUCUGAAGGUGGGCUGCAGGGAAGGGAGGAUGUUGUGACCAUAACCUAUGGCCAGAUUGAAGAGCUGGCAGCUCAGCUGCAGCAGACUCGAUCCGAGCAAAAGGACACUGAGCUGAAGCUCCAGAGAGCCCUGGAGGCUUCACAGGAGGCUAAUGAAAAAGUUCAAAAGUUGGAAAGGCUGGUGGACGUCCUGAGGAAGAAGGUUGGAGCAGGGACCAUUAGGACCGUGAUCUGAUUGAAAGCUGUAGUCUAAGGAAGCUUUCACAUCUGGUGACCAGGCUGCUUCAUUCAGCACUGUGUAAACACUGAAGCCUUAACUUAGCAAACAGUUGUUAGAAGUGGGACACUCCAGCGACAUUCCAAGCUGAGAUAAAAUCAAAUCAUAAAUGUUUAACUACUUUGCUGCUGAGCUCUGUGAUUUGUUAAAAUGUUUCACUGCAAACAUGUGUUUGUUUCUAACCAAAUGCAUUGUGGCACAGUGUAUUGUGAAAAAUUAUGUAGAUGCUUAUUUUAAGUCUGUCCUCUCCAUGUUAGAUUAUAGUCUGCUGCAAGGCACAGAAUUUUUAAAUACUGCAGGCUUCAGGUUGAAAAUGCUGCAAAGCAGUUUCAAGAUUUAAAUCCCUUGUUUUAUUUGUGAGGCUCCAAAUAGUCCAGUAUUUGUAUGUUAAAUAUAUUAAUUGAUAAAGUAAGUUGACAUUCAAGAAAUUUCUCUGGCUGGUAUAGUGGAUAUUUUUUCCUCCUUACUCAUAGCCCGUUGAAUUGCAGGUAGUAACUGUGGCUACAUCAAAGGGCAGGAUAAAUGUAUACCUUUAUACAACAGUUGAAUAGCUUCUGCUAGUACAUGGCAUUUUCAGUGUACAUUAAAAAGAAAUUUACAUGUAGGUUUCACUGGAAGCACAGCUAAAAAAAUUGCAACAUGAAAGCCUUGUAACAUUGUACAGUAUCUCAGACACUGGAGAAAGUUUCCUGUGUUGUUUUUAGUCACUCCUCUGUCCUUUUAAAUGAGGGAAAAGCUCUCAGAUUUCAGAAAACACCUUCUAAAUUAAAAAUUCACCUUUUCAGUGUUUGUCUCUUCUCAUCCCAUUCCUACAAGACUCUGAUUGCCCUGCAGUGCAGGAGUACCAUCCAGGUUGGGUUUGACGCUAAACUGUCAAUCCUCAGCUUUUUGUACUCAUGAAGUGCCCUAGGACUAAAAGGCUGAAGCAUAGAAUCAUACAGGGAGGGGAGAAACUGAGGGCUGAGGAGGAAAAUUUGGGGUACACAGACAUUAUAGACUCUAAGAUACAUUACAGUUGAACUUAGAGUUAUGUUUGUGACCCAACUAUCUCCCUGUAUGAAUAGUCAGGCCAGUACUCAUAUAAUCCUGCUCAAGAAAGCAGCUGUGAUCUCUGAGAACCCCAAAUGCAAUAAAGAAUCUCAGCAACCAGCUGGGCUUUAGUGUCUCCUCAGGACCAGCCAACUCAGGCAAGGUGGAUGUAGCUCCUGAGGCUUCCACUUGUCUGCUUUGCUUUGUGUUUAAUGUUGUUACAUGGUUUUACCUCUUAAUGCUUGCUUGUUCAGAUGUUGUGAUAGUGCGGUCUAUCUGGUGAAAAUGAAAUUUUGGUGUAGAGAGAAACAUUUUAAUGUGUUUUUUCUUUCAAACACUUAAAUGUUAAACCUUUUUCAACUGCAGACCUAAGCCCCGCCUAGUUUCAGUUGACCAAACCUAACCUCUAGCAGGGAGAUAAGUAGCAUCUCUCCAAGCCACAUUUACCCAAGUCACUUCUAGAAACUUCUGAAGUGCUCCUUUUUGACCUUUGGUCAAUCCUAAGAUAGCCAGUGAGUCUGGAGCCUCUCCCCCACACCUAUUCAGUGGGAAGAAAUUUUAAUGCUUCCAAACCAGAGGAUUGCCACCCCCCAGAUUCCAGCCCCUUCACCAUCUCCCAGGUGCUGCUGUUCAGCUCUUUGGGUGACUCAACAGCUCCUUGUCCUACUGUCCUCACUGAGCUUUGUGCACAAAGUGGAUGACAAGGUCUCCUGAGCAGUCAGUGCUAUUGAACCAUUUCUGCUGAAAGGAGGUAGUGAGGAAGAAAAAAAGACAAAAAUGUAAGGACUACCAUGCCGUGCUAGACCAAAGCCCAAGGACUGCCUUUGACAAUAACAAGUAGAAGAUGCCUAGGAAAGGGUAAAAAGUCAGGCCAGCUCUAGUGGCCACUCUCCCAACUGGUGUCCCAGCAGUUUGUUAGUUAAAGGCUUUCUAAGCCAGAGGGUGGUGUCUUUGUAUUUAGCAGCAUUUUUUCAUGAGCUGUUUUUAAAUCCAUUAAAAUUGUUUGUAUCUACUUGUUCCUUUCACAAGGUCUUACGCAGUUAAUGAUGCAUUGAGUGAAAAAAUACUUCCUUUUCUCUUAUGAACCAACUCUAUUCAUUUGCUAUCAUCUAGUUUUUGUAUGAGAGAAAUGGUGAGGAACCAUUCCCUGUUCAUAUUUCCAUGCCCCAUGCCAUUUUACAUAUUUGGCAUCACUUCCCCCACUCUCUCUUUUCCAGAGAGAAUCCCUAGUCUCAUUUAAAGGAUCUGUCCCAUGUUUUUAAUUGGCCUUGUCAUACUAAUCUGGUUUUUUUUCCAGCUCUGCAGUGUUUUUACCAAGGUGCAACGUGUUUUGUGCCUAGCGUUCAAGAUAUAGACAAAAUGUGACUUUAAUUGUUGUCAUAAUGAUGUUGUCUGUUUUAUCUCUAUGCUGUUUGUAACCAUUUUUAGUAUUGGACUUGCUUUAUGACAGAUUAUUUAUUGGUAUUCAUAUUUCUGUAGCAAAAUGACUACUCUAGAUCUCCUUCCUCAGUUGUAAUGUUCAGCUCAGAGUUCAUUGUAGCCUGUAUAAAGACAGAACUCUUUUGUGAAUAACACAGCAUUUAUGGGUACUGAAUGUCACCUGUUGUUUUAGCAUUCCCUACUGACCAUGAGCUCUUAUUCCAUCUCUUCUCACAGCUCCUCUUUAAUAUUCACAGUAGCAAAGUAUCAGCAGCAUCUCCAAGCUGAAUAUGGUGAUAUGAAAUACUGCCAUCUCCAAAUUAGCCCCCUCUUCAAGGUGAUUUCUUAGUUAAGUUAAACAUGGCCUCUGGGACAAAGAUCCCUGUAAGGCAAUAAGGUAGCUUUUCCUUCACUGUGAGAAUGAAACAUUUUUUCUUAAACAUUGUUUUUAUUUAACUUUGAAGUACUUAUUUUUCAGUGUAAAAGUAUUAGUUACUGCUUGGCAACUUUUAUGAGGAAGUUGUUUGCUAUUUGGAAAAUGCAAGUUUACUAAAUCAGGGCUUGUGCUCCAUGCAUGAAUGUGCUGAGUUCCUCCUUCCCCUUGGAGUGUCAAGAGCUCCUCACCUUUCCCCAAGUAUUUCUGUGUCCAAGUGAAUAAUCUUGUGAAUGCAGGCUUCCUACAGCCAGACUGUUUGACAUCCAGCCUCGUGUCCAUUGGCUUUGUUUGGGAAAGUAGGAUGGGCCAUGCAAAAGCCAUCUAGCAGGCUUGAUGUCAGAUACAUCUGAUCGCAGGUAAUACUUGAUUCGGUAAAAUUAAGUUAUAGUUUUGCUCCAUAAUUUUCUUUUUGACACAUUGUACCUGAGGUGAAAAAAUAGUUCCUGACUCUGUCUUUUGUCUUGCACCAAGCAGCCUGGAAUUCAGUGAUAAUUUAAGUUAGGGUGUUUUGUCAUAAAUUACAAAUUUGGAUACAUGUGUUUUAUUUGUAGUUUAAUCAGAUGUGUUGAUUUUUAAAAUUCAGCUGGAAAUAUUUUUAUUCUUUUUAAAGGACCAUGGGAAAUUUGCUAUGUUGAGAGUAGAAAGAUUCAAAACCAAUUGAGUUCUCCCUCUUCCUUGCUAACCGCCUGGUGUGUGGUCUUUGGCAAAUUCCUUAGUGACUGUCGUUAAAGGCAUACAGUCCCUGAAGAGGUUCCUGGGCUCCUCCAGGGUGUUUGCAAAAGUAUCUAUGUGGUUAAUGUCAAAACACUUUCACUUCUUCACCUGCUGAAGUGAGCAGCAUAGAUCACAUAGGUCUGGUAGGAGAGGCCCAGCCUUUAGUGCCCUCAGCAGAACUUCUGGUCUUGUUGAGCCCAGCCUAACUUUAAGCCUCUCAGUGUAAUGAGGGCAGGAAAUCUGCUCUGGUCAGUAGAAAGAGGUGAUAACGACAACAUGGGUCAAUGGGCUUAUCAUAUGGUUUAUUCAUUGAGAACUGAUUGAUGCCUGUGCAGAGCUCUGAAAGUGAAAAGAAGCCUGCUCCCAUACAACAGACAAAUGCAGUUGUCACUUCUAUCCUAAUAUAUGUGAGAAAGAUGGGAUUGCAUCCAAUUAUGUACCAGGAGUAGCAAUUCAUUUCCCUCCUGAUGGAAAAACAGUUCAUGAUAAAAGGUGGCUCACCAUAGGUGCAUCUUAUGGUGACAGCUGUAAUUACUGGUCAAAUUAGGGUCCCUGCUGUCUUGAAUAGAAUAGAGAUAUUCAGAAAUGUUCUUCCCCUGUGAGAUUUUGUGUCUUUCUCUUGAUGAUCCUGCAGCACGUUAUGCAUUGGGAGCCAUUUCUGGUAUAUGCCAGGGUAAAAUAUGUAAAUAGCAUCAUGUUGGCUCAGGAUAAGAGCAUUAUUAAUGCUUUUCAGCACUGUAAUUAUAUUCCUAGUAAGCCUUCCCUAAGCCCUUACUAAUUAACAAUAUUGUGACAAAUCAACUUUAACAGAAAAGAACUGUGGACCUUUAGUCUUUUAGUACUAUUUUUCAUGCAACCCACAGCUGAAAACUGGUGGCAUGGCUUUCUGUACUUGUGUUGAGAAAACUGCUGAUACUGAAAAGUUUAAAGCCAGCUCAGUCUUGUUAGUGGAGUCCUAUAGCUGAAUUCUGGUUUGUUCCUCUUUAAAUACAUUAAUGGCAAAGUAUAAUUCAUUAGUUAAUCAUUAAUGUUAAGGAAUAUUAAAACUGUUUUUAUAAAUAAGCUAUCAUAUUGAAAUGGUUUGGUGAUGUCAGUAUGUUGUCAUAUGCAUGUUUAUUUAUUUGUUUAUUCCAAAUCAGGAACAUUUUACAAAACUGACUUUAUAUAUAGUCUUACCAGGUGUUGUAACAUCUUUAUUCCAUGUACACAAAUGAACUUACCAUGUAAAUGUCAGGAUUUCUCUGUGCCUUUAUUUCUUUCAAUUAGAAUAAGGCUGUUGGUUUUAUUGAGUUUUCUUCUUCUUCACUUCUGCUGCUGAAGAUUUUGCUCCCAUGCAAGAAUCAGCUGCAAGGCACAUGAAAUCAGUGCUGGGCAGUUUCCCUUGCUGCGAUCACAGUGUUUCAUGGGCUGACUCUUAUCACUGUAACAUUUCACAUCGGGGCUGCACAACUGGACUUUCUCUGUUUGUUCUUCUCAUGCAUUGGUAAAUAAAAUGUAUUCACAAGCUCAAAAAGACAAAGUAGUGUUCUCAUAUUUGGUCGAUUAUAAGUCAGCUGUUGAGCUUCAGUGUUCUAAACAUUUCAUUCUUCAGUUUUGUUGGGAGCCCACGUGUUCUGGGAGGCUUUUAAACAAAUACUUGAAAUGGUUGAAAGAUUUACAUUGCCAGUGCCUAGCUAAAUAUGUAGUCUUUAGAAAAGACAUGGUUUAUUUUGGCACCAUUUGACAAACUGAAAUAUUUUAAACAUUUGUUAAGUUUGAGCUUGCACAUUUGAACUAAAAGUUUGCAUUCCAAAAUUGCAUCUCAGGUUACCUGUCUCUCUCUCUUUUGUAUUUUAUAAUCCCUUUAUUAAAAUAGUCUACAAAAG